ACAGGCGAGCGCCGCGGUCUUCUCAUCAGACACCAUGGAGUGGCAAUUUUUCCCAAGGACUACGCUGCCGCUGCGUGAGUAUGGUACAGCCAAGGCCGGCAGGGUGGUGCAUGGACUCAUUUGCUGGGCAGACUGGAUGGAUGACCAGAUCGUGGUGCUCGACACUGCAACGUUUCAGUUUUCUCUAAUGGAUCUGCCGACGCCUUUGAAGAAUGGGGAAUCGGAAGAGACAACUUUUAAGCUCGGAGAGACCAAGGAUGAGAAGCUCUGUAUCGUAGAUAUAAAGGAGAACACACUUGUUGCUUGGUUCCUGACAGCCGACGAUGAUGGUGUCAACGAGAGGUGGAUGAUGUACAGGACGUUCCCAUUGCAGCCGAUUGUUAAGGAGUUCACUAGUUGCUCGAUGGAGGAAGAGGGUCAUGUCGUCGUGCAGGUUGAAGCGGUUAUCGAUGGCUUUAUGUACCUCUCUAUUCAAAACCAGAAGGAUACUAAACCUUAUCAGCUGUUCCUAUCCUUAUGCCUGGAAACAGCGGAGAUGAAGGAGCUCUUUAGGGAUGAUGGAUCUCGGUACUACGAGGAAGCCCAUCCCUACGUCAUGGCAUGGCCUUCCUCUUUGGUACAAAACAAGGAGGAAUCAGAAACUGAAGUUACUGCAGACAGUGUUGCCGAGGAUAGCCCCGUGGGCACAAAAGAAGCUUCCUCUGUCCUUUUCACUGCAUUGCAGUCAUUCAAACAGGCUCUGUUGAAUGAUGGUAAAGAUAUCGUGGCGGAGGUAGAUGCCUUGUUGCGUCCUAUCGAGGAGGAUGACAAGAGUUCUCUUAUGAGCAAAAUCACCUCUUUGGAUGCACAGUUGACAACUGCAAGAGACCGUAUCUUGAGGAUAAGUUCAUGGCUCUGAGGACUAUAUGCGGUGAGUUUGUGGCCCGGUCCAAUGGUCCUGAAAGCCUGAAACCCUCUCUCUGUUCCAAAGCAGCUUAGAGGAUAAAUGUGCUUGACGCCUCCUUCUUGGAAGGAUAUGUUACCCUUUGAGAAGGUAUCUUCGUGUCAUGUUCAGAGGAUGAGUCUGUGGUAUCUAAUUUGCACCCUAAAGGUGGUUCAAGAAGUGUGCGGUUUUAAUUUCUGUUUCGAAGACACACAAAGGGGUUUCUUUUCCCAGAUUUCUGUUCUGUUGCGCUUAGAUGCAAUAUGCUUUGCUUAAUGGGUGUUUCUGUUUCUUUGCUUCUUUGUACUGUACUACUCCGUUCUUGUAAGCUGGUGACACCCGCAGCUAAUUAUUACCAAACACUCCUUAAGUAAUAGAUACAUUAUAAA